AUGUGUAACCUGUGCUUGGCGUGGUUAGGGGAGCUGCCUCUCUUUAUCCUAUUAACUCAGGCAGACCUCAAGCCGGCAAUGCCGCCAGUGAUCAACAACCAGCCUUUCAACAUUUUCUGGGCAGCCCCAACAGUGUAUUGUAAGAAUUUCUACAAUGUGGACAUGAAUCUUCAAGUAUUUGACAUUAUAUCAAAUCCUUUAGAGACUCAGAGUGGAUCCACAAUUGCCAUAUUUUAUCCAAAUGAAUUAGGGUAUUACCCUUUUUUCUCUCAAGAAGGAAAAUCCUUUAAUGGAGGGAUACCGCAGAAUAUGAGCCUCUCUAAACACCUGAGGAAAGCAGCUGAUGACAUUGGAGAAGCACUCCCUUGGUGGAGAUCAGCAGGACUUGUUGUUAUUGACUGGGAAAGUUGGAAACCCCAGUGGGAUAGGAAUUGGGGUAGCAGAGUAAUAUACAAAAGCCACUCCUUAGCCUUCACUAGAAGCCACCAUCCUGAUUGGUCAGAAAUGAAAGUGAAAACUGUUGCCCAAGAGGAAUUUGAAAAUGCUGGAAGGAGUUUGAUGAACAUUACCCUCACCCUGGCUUUAGAAAUGAGACCAAAGUGUUUAUGGGGAUUUUAUCUCUAUCCAGACUGCUACAACUAUGAUUACAGGAUAAACCCGGAGAUGUACACAGGUAAUUGCCCAGAUGGCGAAAUUUUCCGCAACAACCAACUCAUGUGGUUGUGGAGGAAAAGCACAGCACUUUAUCCUUCAAUAUAUUUGGAUAAAAUAUUGAAGUCAAGUUUAAAUGCUUUGAAAUUUGUUCAUUAUCGAGUUAGAGAAGCCAUGAGAAUUGCUGAAAUGGCUAGACCUGACUAUGUUUUGCCAGUUUUUAUUUUUUCCAGACCAUUUUAUUUGCAAAGUAUUGAAGUUCUGUCACAGGAGGACUUAGUACAUACAAUUGGUGAAAGUGCCUCAUUAGGGGCAGCAGGAAUAAUACUGUGGGGAGGAUACAAUUAUUCUGCUUCAAAGGAGAACUGCUUAUCUGUGAAAAAAUCUAUCCAAGGACCUUUGGGCCAUUAUGCUGUGAAUGUGACCUCUGCAGCCAAGCUCUGCAGUCACAGUCUUUGUAAUAAUCGUGGAAGAUGUGUUCGAAAAACACCAGAGUCCUCCUUCUAUCUGCAUAUGCCUGGAAAUAGUGGCAAGAAAUAUGUCGAAAAUAAGAGUUUCAGAUUCGUCAUUUCAGAAAACAGUAAAGUAAAGACAAUAACGCACAUGAAGAAUGGAUUUGUGUGUCACUGCUAUUACGGCUGGCAUGGACAGUCCUGCCACUAUCACACUUCAGAUCUUAUGAGAGGGAAGAAUAAGGCUCCCAGGGCCAACUUAAAUUUAUUGGCUUUUCUCAGCCUGGUCUUACCUGUGAUUCUGCUGAAAUUUUGUUAUCCCCUACUAAAAUGUUAA